AAAAAAAAAUCCAAAUUUCUCAGUCUGCCUCUCACAAACUUUCUAGAUCUGUGCGAGUUCUCCUCCUCACGACACCCUCCUCUCGUUCUAAACAGUGCGAGUUCUCAUCCUCUCCUCCACCUCCUUCGUAUUCUCAAUGAAAGAGUCACGCAGCGUUAGGGUUUUGCUGUGGUGGUGAAUUCAUUUCAUAUUUGUGAAGUACGCUGUUGACGAGUCACAUCUAUAUAUGAACUAUAAGCACAACAUUCAUAUGAUGUUAUUUGAUUAAGGUUAUUUCAGUCAGCAGUUAUGGAUCGUAGUCGGAUGAGUGCUAACCGCGCUAGUGAAGAGUAUAGGAAAGGAGUGACAGAGUUUAUACAAUUUGCUUUUGAAAAACUUCAUGAGAAUAAUGGAAGGUUUUAUUGUCCUUGUGUUAAAUGUUUCAAUGGAGCCCCAUUCCAUUUUGAGCUAAUAAUAGAGCAUCUUAUUUGUAACGGGAUUUGCCAAAAUUAUACCAAAUGGAUAUAGCAUGGUGAGUCGGUAAACAAUACAAAUGGGUCAAAAAGAAAGGAGGUCGAUGUUGAUAUGGAUGGUUAUCGGCUAGAAGACAUGAUUCGUGAUAUCGGCCAAGAGUCUUUUCAACAAGCGCAUGUGUAUGACAAUUUGUGUCGUGACAAAAAAGAGCCUUUGUAUUCGGGGUGCACAAACAUGUCACUGCUGGUUGCGGUGUUGAGAUUGUUCAACUUGAAAGCAAGACAUGGAUGGACAGAUAAAAGCUUCACUGAAUUGCUUGAGCUGUUGAAAGAAAUGCUGCCAGAAGGUAACACAUUGCCCAAUCGUAACUAUGCGGCUAAGAAGAUAUUGUGUCCGAUGGGUAUGGAGUAUAAGAAAAUACAUGCUUGCCCAAAUGAUUGUAUAUUGUACCAAAAUGAGUUUGAAAUGUUGAAGAAGUGUCCUAGGUGUGGGCUAUCACGCUACAAAGUGAAGGACAAUGAUUUCGAUUGUGAUGAUAGCUUAAAGCAUCCUCCUGCGAAGGUGUUAUGGUAUCUACCAAUAAUUCCAAGACUUAAGCAAUUGUUUGCUAAUGCAAGAGAUGCAAAAAAAUUAAUAUGGCAUGCAGAUGAGAGGAAACGUGAUGGGUAUCUUCGUCAUCCGGCUGAUUCUUUGCAAUGGAAGAAAAUAUAUGAUUUAUAUCCGGAAUUCGGGAAAGAGAAAAGAAACCUUAGGCUUGGACUUGCUACAGAUGGAAUGAAUCCGUUUGGAAAUUUAAGUAGUAACCAUAGUUCAUGGCCCGUUCUCCUAGUUAUCUACAAUCUGCCUCCUUCAAUUUGCAUGAAGUGCAAGUACAUUAUGUUAUCCAUGAUGAUUUCAUGCCCUAAGCAACCAGGAAAUGACAUAGAUGUUUAUCUCAAGCCAUUGAUUGAAGACUUAAAAUUACUUUGGGAGGAAGGAGUUGAUGUGUUUGAUGCCCAUUCUGAUGAUUAUUUCAAGAUGUGUGCAAUGUUAUUUUGCACCAUCAAUGAUUUUCCUGCAUAUGGGAACUUGUCCGGUUAUAGUGUUAAGGGACAUAAAGCAUGUCCUAUAUGUGAAAAACACACUUGCUACCACCAAUUGAAACAUAGAAGGAAGACAGUUUACCUUGGACAUAGGAGAUUUCUCAAACUGAAUCACCCAUAUCGUAGGUUGAGAAAAGCUUUUAAUGGACACCCAGAAUGGAAAAUUGCUCCGAAAGCCUUAACUGGAAAACAAAUCUUUUUUUUUUCUUUCCAAUGUAGUCGCCAUUGGCAAUUGCUUAUUAUUGAACCAGAAAAACAAAAUGUCGUUUUCUUAUGUUCGAUGGGUUGGAAGCCAGAUAAAAAUCUUGUGCAAAUUGUUAAUUCUGCUAUAGAAGGGUAUAACAAGUUGAGUGGCGUCAGAAAGGCGAGAAAGCCAACAUGGGAGAUUCCCAUAGUAAGUUAAAAAUUAUAUUCAUACAAUAUUAUAAGUUAUAUAUAUAUAUAUAUAUAUAUAUAUAUAUA